AUGAGGGGAAAACGCUCAAAGCAGUAUCGCAAGCUCAUGGAGCGUUACUGCAUGACUUUUGGAUUUCGCGAGCCUUACCAAGUGCUAGUGGACGCCGAAAUGGUCCAAGAUUCAUGCCGGUUUAAAAUGGAAUUGGAACCAGCACUACAAAGAACAGCUCACGGCAAAGUCAAGCCCAUGAUUACACAAUGCGAAAUUCGAAAACUAUACGCACGAAAAGACGAACCCGGCAUUAGCGAGGCCAUUGAAGUCGCCAAAUCUUGCGAGAGACGACGUUGCGGUCACCACCCGGAAGAUUACCCCGAGCCUCUGAGCACGCUUGAGUGUUUCCAAUCUGUCGUGGAUCCCAAAGAUACAGGGGAGAACAAACACCGAUAUGUCGUGGCGAGUCAGAGCCAGGAGUUGCGACGCAUGCUGCGUGGGGUUCGCGGCGUGCCACUGAUAUACAUCAAGAGGAGUGUCAUGAUUCUUGAGCCAAUGUCUGACGAGAGUGUUCGACUUCGAGCGCGGGAAGAACGAAGCAAGUUCAGAGCGGGAUUAAAACCAACCAUUGGGAAAAGAAAGAGAGACGACAAGGAUGAUGAGGACGAGGAUGAGGAUGGUGUUGGUAAAUCCGAUGGCGAGGACACAAACUUGGAGACAAGUCGCAACACUGAGGAGAAACAGCCGGCGAAGAAGAAGUCGAAACGCCCGGGUCCCAAGGGGCCAAAUCCUUUAUCGGUGAAGAAAAAAUCCAAGAAGCCGACGCUAGGGACUAAGAAACCGAAGAAGGUGGCCCAAAAGGACGAAUCCGCUGAACCAGCUGCCAAGCGAAAGAGGAAGAGAAAGGCAAAGCCUAGUACUGCUGCCUCGGGUGGUGAUGGUGCGGAGAGGAGUGCUCCUCAGGCAGUUUCUAAUGGCGACGAAGCCUGA